UUGCUCGCUGAUGUCUGGACGCUAACAGACCACAGGACAACAUGAAGCUGUUCAUUUUCGCCGCCGUCCUGGCCGUGGCUGUCGCUGCUCCGUCUGACCUCUCCUACGAGCGUGACAUCAUCGAGAUCCUCAGACAGAACAUCGACCACCACGACGAUCACUCCUAUCAGCAGUCUUUCGAGACCGAAAACGGCAUCUCGGUGUCGGAGUCUGGCCAGACGGAGGAUGAUGACAGCUACAGCAUGAGCGGCCAGUUCAGCUACGUGGCCCCCGACGGCGUCACCUACACCGUGCUGUACUCGGCCGGCGAGGGCGGCUUCCAGCAGGAAGAGGAGGAGGAGGAGGAGGAGGAGGAGGUCCGUACUGCUUACGAGCCCCAGUAUGAGCGCGUCAUUGUCGGUUACAGGCCUCGCUACAACUAG